AUGGACACAGAAAAAGCCCAAACAUCUUCAGGUGGCGAACGACCGCCUUCCCCUGAAACUUAUUCGGUCUUUACCCGGGCCGAGAAGCGCUGCAUAACGGCCAUGGUAGCAUACUCCGCCGCCUUCUCGACGCUAAGCAGCUUCAUCUACUUCCCUGCGUUGACGCAGCUUGCCGAGUCGCUGUCGGUGUCGAUAGAUGCCAUAAAUCUAACAAUAACCUCGUACAUGGCUGUCGCCACCGUCGCGCCGACGCUGCUGGGCGACGCGGCCGACAUCCUGGGCCGGAGGCCAGCUUGCGUGUUUUCAUUGAGCCUUUAUGUCGUCACGAACUUGGCGAUGGCCCUGUCGAAAUCGUACGUGGCGCUGCUUGUUCUUCGAUUGUUUCAGGCUUUUGCGAUUUCUGGCAUCUUUGCCGUCGCGUACGGUGUGGUCACCGAUAUUGCAACCCCUGCUGAGAGGGGAUCAUAUGUAGCCGCCGUGUCUUUUGCAUCCACAAUUGCACCCAGUCUCGGGCCCGUACUGGGAGGAGGCCUGGCACACGCGGCCGGCUGGCCCUGGAUCUUCUGGUUCCUCUGCAUCUCGGCCUCGCUGAGCCUGGUCCUCAUCCUGCUCUUCCUCCCCGAGACCUCGCGAAACAUUGUAGGGAACGGCUCAGCCAGACCCCCUCGGCACCUGCGACUCCCUCCAAUCGGCCGACACCUCAUCCGGCACUGGAAGGACCACGCCGAUGACGACAGCAGCAGCAGCAACAGCCAGCCGUCGUCACGGACGAUGCCGAACCCGCUGCGAUCGCUCAGGAUCCUGGCGCGCCGGGACAACGCCGUCGUGAUGCUGGCGUGCGGGCUCCUGUACGCCGUCUACACGUGCGUCUGCGCGUCGCUGUCGGUGCUGUUUGUCGACCUCUACGCCCUCGACCAGCUGCAGGCUGGCCUCGUCUACCUCCCCUUUGGCCUCGGCGGCACCGCGUCGACUGCCAUCUGCGGCCCCCUGCUGAACCGCGCGUACCGGCGGGUGAGGGACGGAUGUGUUGCCGGUGGCCGAGAGGCCGAGGUGGCGCUGGACCGUCACGUCGCUGAUGAUCUGGACGUGUUUCCCGUCGAGAGGGCUCGGUUGGGCGUCGUGUGGUUGCCCAUGGCGGUGGCCACUGUUUCUGUGGUUGCUUUUGGGUGGACGGUGCAUCUUCAUAUGCAUAUUGCCAUCCCGCUAUGUCUACAGUUCAUUCUAGGACUGGCAAUGCAGCUAAGCUUUAGUAUUUACAAUACGCUGCUUGUAGACAAGAAUCACAGGACGCCAGCGGCAGCGCAGGCGUCUUCCAACAUUGUCCGUUGUGCGCUGGCCGCCAUAGUUGUGGCAUUUCUCCAAAAUAUAAUUGUCGCGCUGGGCGUUGGGUGGACCUUUACGCUCAUGGGUGGAUGGUGCGUUUUGAUUAUGGCUCUGUUCUUUUUGGACUAUCACAAAGGCAUGGCUUGGAGAACGGCGUCCAAAAGAUUGUUUUGA